CGCGUCCUUCUCGUCGCGCAGGGACGCGCGCAGCGUGACCGGCUGCCCCGGGGCCAGGCCGUGCACGGCGAUGCGCACCGGCUCGUCCCAGCGGCAGCGGACAGCGGGCUCCAGCGUCACUGUCGCCGCCAUCCUGGCAGGGGCCCAAGAGUUUGGGUCACCGGUCCUCAGCUUUGUAGGCCCUGCCAACCGCGCCCAGGGUGUCGGGUCCCAUCGACAGAGUCGGAAGGGUCGCAGGAGAGCCGGAAAUGCGACCACCAUUUUGCGCCUUUUUCAGAUCUCGGGUCAACUGAAGAGGGCUGUGAAGAAAGUUAGAAACUAGAGUCCCUCUAGCGACAGGCUGCCUAUCUGCAGUCUAAGGCCUAAUGGGGCCGAGCAGCCUGCUAUAACUCUUUGGAGGGCCGCGAAGUCCUGCCAAUCAGUGGCCGACCUUUAAAAGCGAAAGCAGACACACAGGAACUUUAUGUUGGGAAAAAUUUUCCUAGUUUUGCCUCUCAGAAGCUCUUUGGCUCGUGCAGUGUGGGCUGGACCGGGCUGCCCCUGAAGGAACCCGGCACUUAACAAAGUGUCCAGUCUCCAAAAUUAAUGUAAUAGGGCAGGGCGCGCCGGCCGGACCCCGGAGCCUCCAUGAUGUAGGAGCGUGAGGCCGCUGCCGCCUCCUGCAGCCAGCCGCCCGAUUGGCUCCGACGCGGGCCCGAGGCCGAACGGGUCGACCCCGGUCUCUGCCCCCGCCCCCGCCCCCGCCCCCAGCCCAGCUGCUAAGGCAGACGGCAGCUGAGGCAGCGCCGGCCCCUCGGCGGGACCGAGCCCCUGAGCCUGCUCGGGAUCCUGUGGUGGAGCAGGGCAGCGAGCAGCCCUUGGCGCGCAGCCGUUGCUGCACGCAGUUACCCUGGGCGACCGGUUACCGUGAGAACUCCAAAGCGGGAAGGUUAGAGAGGCGAUUAGCGGUCCUGCUCCGGCAACUGUUUGCCCGGCGGUGGUCCUCCAGCGGAGAGUGAGGCCGGAACAGAGAAUAACAUUUGUCUGGUGGAGAUUUAUGAGAACAUCGUUACCUGACCUUGACCUGACCUGGCCUCAGGAACAAAGGAUCUGGAACAUCCCUGGUGGUCCAGUGGGUGCCUGCUCAUGCCUCCAGGUCCUCCACUGGACCAGGCAGUGUGGAAGGAAGCAUUUGCUGGGAAACAAUGACUAAGACCGAGAAGGGAAAGACCUUUCUCUCCCAGCAUUUCCGUCAGUCACUCUCCCCACGGCUGGGAUGGGGCAUGAUUUUCUCCUACUUAAAACCAAGAAACAAGGAGGAGUGCGCCUCCGUUUCCAGUGUGUCUCCAGUCUUCCACUCCAGCCCGCAGCACUGUGCAAACCUCAAGAACCUAUAUUUGAAACAGGCAGCUGCAAACCUCACCUUUUCUCAGGAGGUGGUGCAGCAGCGAGGGCUGGCCAGCAUUCCUUACAGCCAAUACAGCUUUGACCAUCUCUACAAUGCAGACAGCAUCAUCCAGCCUCCCCAAGUCAGGAAGCCCCGACCUGAGAAGCCCAUCAGCUUCAAGUUCUUGGAUUUUUCAGGUCCCUCAACAAGGGUCACCUCCCAGGCUAUGAAGACGGAAAGCUCUGCCGAUCUUAAGAAGCUGAAGAAAUCAAAGCCAGCAAGCGCAGUCCAGGAAGCAUCUGGUCCUCUCAAUCUUCAUCCAAGCAGGGAGCUGGACGUGCUGGAUCUGUCACUUUCUCCAGAUGUGAACCUGGAGGAGAGGGAAACCUGGCUUCCACCUCCUGAGAAGGAGGCCAGAGCAUGGCAGGCUGUUGUGCUGGAAAAGCUUAACAAGCGCACUGCCCGAUGGAUCCAGAACAAGCGUCCUCUGAGGCCUGGGGUGUCCCCCAGUAAGUGGCAGAGCUUCUUGCACCAGCAAUACGACUGGGGCCACAUCCGGCAUGAGCUCACUUCCUCCAGCGACCUGGAGCUCUUAAAACAGCUGGAGGAAGAAGAGACAGCAGAAUUUGAGGACCGAAGUGUCGUUCUGCCCACCCAGGAGGAAAAGAAGCCAGAGCUGCUGCUUCCUGUCUAUUAUAGAUUGCCCAAUUACUUGCUGCAAGUGCAGACAGUUGAAAGCAUGCCUGGCAUCAAUAAGACUGCUGAGGACAUCGAUGGAAAGGGGAGCGUCUACCAGCCCCCAAGGCAGAGCCACUUCCGACAGGUGAAUCCCCAAGCUGGAAAGUUUGCUUACUCCACAGACAACACCUUUGAACAGGAGAUUUACUUCGAUAAAGUCCAGAUCAUCCACCAGAUUGGUGCAAAGAGAGACCAAAUUUUCCUGGAAAACCUCAAUCGAUACAACAAGCAGCUAUCUAAGGUCUUCCCUGAAACCCCAGAAAGGUGGACUUCCCAGCCAGUUCCUGAACCAUCUUGCAGACCUGUGAAAGGAGCCAUGCGCUGGACAGCUUUGCCCAUACCAGCCAAGGAUCUGCUGCUGCAGGUGGGGGAGGAGGACAUGCCCAUGAAGACCAGGAGACUGAAGAAGCAGGCAGAGUCACUGAAGGAGAAUGUGACUUGGGAACUGGUGGUCCUGCGGAGGAUGCUGCAGGAAUGGAAGAUGGCCUGGGCUCUAAUCAUCGAGUGGCACCAUAAAACAAUAGAGGGCCUGCUGCGGAGCUUGGUGGACAUCCAUGAUGACAUCCGGAUCCAAGCCAUCAUCACUUGUGCCACAGCUGCUUUAGAACGGCCCCGUAUUGCCAUCAGCCAGGGGGACUCAGACAAGGAAACUGUCAAAGCUCCAUCUAUCCAGGACUUGCCAGAGGUUCUACAGCCCCCCCUAAAGGCUGCUCUUUGUGACAAGAAUGCCAAUGUGCGGAUGGCAGCAGCGGUAUGCCAAUAUGCCAUACAGUCACAUAAUCUUCUUGCCCGGGAAAUCAUGCAGGCUGCCCUUUUGAAGGGUAAUAGCGUGGACAGCUGGGCUGCAGCUCAGUGCCUGGCUCUGGAAGGUGCUGCCACUUACCCUGUGAUUAAGAGGAUCCUCCAUCAGCUGUUUAACAAGAAGAAUGAGGACACUGAGCAACAGUCCUGUAUGCUCCUGAGCCAUCUAAGUGGGAAGACAAGCCUGAUACAUACCAUGCUUGCCGUGGAGCUGAAUAGUCAUCAAUGGAAAGACCGGAUUGUAGCCUGCCGAGCUCUCUCCCAGAUUGGUGGAAAUGUCAGUGUGGAUAUGAAACAUAAGUUGAUCCAGCUGAUGUUGAGUGACUGGAAUAAGAAAGUGAGACAAGCAGCUGCCCAAGCUCUGGGGCAAAUGAGCCUUGGGAAAGAGGUGCAUGACACAAUCAGAGUCAAGCUGGGCCAAGGAAACUUCCAGGAGCGUGUGGAAGCCCUCUCCCUGAUUCGUGGGCUCAAGCUCAUGACCGCCAAACUUCUCCCAAGCUUUCUGAGCUCCUUCUCUGAUGACUUCAUGGCAGUUCGGCAGGCAGCUUGUUUGGCUGCUGGUGCCCUGCAGAUCCAUGAUAAUAUGGUCCUUGAAUGCCUUCUGAAUCUCAUACAGAGAGAUCCCUGCUGGAAAAUCAAGGCCUUUGCCAUUCGAGCUUUGGGACAAAUUGGCCACGUGAGUCCCCAACUGACAGACCUCCUGCUCUGGGCUAUCCACUACGAAGAAUCACCAGGUGUACGACUAGAGGCUUGCCGUAGCAUCCUAGCCCUCAAACUUCAAGGAGACCGAGUCAGGGACACCUUCCUAGACGUGCUGCUCCUAGAGAACCAUGAUGCUGUCCUAAAAGAAAUUCACCAUGCAAUGAAGAUACUCAACUUAGAAAAUGAAGGAAACCAAGAAAUGCUUCAGGAGAUCAAGAACAGGAUUCAAACACUAAGCCAAAAGGAACUGUUGAUACAGAAAAUAUUCAAGAUUGAGACAGUCAUAGGAAAAGUGAAGGAGGAAGCAAAACGUGUUUACAUGCAACCCAAACAGGGGCAAAAACCACUGAAAUUACAUACUUUUCUCCAAGAAACUUUUCAGGAUGAGGUGGUGUUUCCUAGAAGACCGUCUGAGUUCUGUGACAUUGAAGCAGUCAUAAAGCCUGUGAGGCCCCGCACACCAAAUCCCUGGUCACAGAGUCCAGUCCCGGGCCUAAACACAAGAAGCAAAGGUCAUUCAUCACUUGUCAAAGAUCUACGCACUGCCCGGGAAAAAAGGAUUGCGAUGGGACCAUUUGGAUCUGACAACCAAGAUCUCUAGCUAAGUAAAAACUCAAGUUUUUUCCAGGGUCAUGUCCUCUUCCCCUAGAAGGAAAGGUAAUUAUUUCUAGGAUGAGCCCUUCUCUUUCUCCAAGACACAGGCAGCCGUGGACCUAGUCACAUUCUUCUCUUUAACUGAUGUUGUGUAAUCUCUUUGUCAUUAUAUUUAUAAAGAAAAAUCUGAUUAACAGUAAA